GUAAUUGUGUCGGCAAGCUCCUCCCCCUGCUGACAUUGUUAAUCCCUGCCAUCCUCUAAUACCGACGUGCAUAGUCACUAGUGGUCAGGACAUCGAGCUCAGACGAGAUAAGACAUGGCUGCCUGCGAGGAUACAGAAGGCAUUCUGACGCCUGUGGAUUUUAUCCAGCUGCAGGAAUACAUGGAAGACAGCAAUUUGAGAGUUAAAGAUGUGAUCAAGGAGUUUCAAAGCGGAGGUCGGCUGGCCCAGCACAGCAUUGAAGAGUGUGUGACCGUGGAAGGGUUCUGUCUCUUCCUCAAGACCUACCUAGAGGUUGAUGACUUCCCUGCUGAUGUCUGCCAGCGCCUAUUCCGCUACUUCCAAUGUGUGGAGCAGGAUAGCUCCACAGCAAGACCAAAGGCCAAAGAUGUGGUGUUUCUACAAGAUGUUUCCUGUUACUUCUCAGUGCUGGAGGAAGGGCAGCCACGGGAGAAGCUGGAAUGUUGUUUCAAACUUUAUGACAAAGACGGUAAUGGACUCCUGGAUAGCUCGGAAGUGGAUCGGAUUAUCAACCAGAUGAUGCGAGCAGCGGAUUACCUGGGCUGGGAUGUGGCUGAGCUUAGAUCUGUGCUGAAGGAUAUGAUGACAGCGAUCGAUGUGGACGACAGUGGCACAGUCACACUGGAAGAAUGGCUGAAAGGAGGCAUGAACAAUGUGCCUUUACUAGUUCUGCUCGGACUGAAGGUGCCGCAGAAAGAUGGGCAGCAUAUCUGGAGAAUGAAGAACUUUAAAAAGCCUGCCUACUGCUGUGUUUGUCAGAGCAUGCUACUCGGACUCAGGAAGCAGGGGCUCUGCUGUAGCUGUUGCAAGUAUACCGUCCAUAGUCAGUGUUCCAACAAGAAUCCCGAACCCUGCGCUCCAACCUUUGUCAAAGCGAAACAACAACUUAGGUUACCAUCUCAUGACUGGGUUCGAACUGACCGCAGCUCCCCCAAGUGUCAAGUUUGCCAAAAGAAGAUUAAAACUUUAUCGGGACGGCGUUGUGUGUGGUGUCAAGAAAUGCGACACGAUGAGUGCGUCUUGUCUGCAUUAUCGACCUGCGACUGCGGACCACUCAAGGAUCAUAUACUGCCUCCGUGGGCUAUAUAUGCUGACUCCAAGGAGCAGGACACCAGCCUCUUGAACGUAACUCCUGAUGGACACAUUUUACAGGUUGUUGCAGUUCCUGACUCUCACCCCCUGCUGGUGUUUGUAAACCCAAAAAGUGGAGGAAAGCAGGGUCAAAGAGUUCUGAGCAGGUUUCAGUACCUGCUGAACCCACGUCAAGUGUACAACCUAUCAAAUGGUGGCCCUGCCCCUGGGCUACAUUUCUUCCGUAAUCUGCGUGACUACAGGAUCUUGGCAUGUGGGGGAGACGGCACGGUUGGGUGGCUCCUGGACGCCAUAGAUAAAGCUAAUCUCCAGGUGCACCCUCAAGUGGCUAUCUUGCCGUUGGGCACCGGGAAUGACUUGGCACGCUGUCUGCGCUGGGGAGGAGGCUACGAUGGGUCUGACUUGAGAGACAUCCUCAAGGACAUUGAGGAAAGUGAGCUGAUCCUUAUGGACCGCUGGAACAUUCAGGUGAUCCCGAAUGAUCCGAGUCAAAGUGGAGACCCGGUGCCCAACCAGAUCAUCAACAACUAUUUCUCAGUAGGAGUGGAUGCUUCUAUUGCUCAUCGUUUUCAUUCCAUGAGAGAGAAAUACCCUCAGAGGUUCAACAGCAGAAUGAAAAACAAGCUCUGGUAUUUGGAGUUUGCCACAUCUGAGACCAUCAACUCCUCUUUCAAGAAGCUUGCAGACUGUCUCACAAUCAAGUGCAGUGGCAGACGUUUGGACCUGAGCAGCGUCCCUAUAGCGGGCGUUGCUGUCAUCAAUAUACCCAGCAUGUACGGUGGCACCAACCUGUGGGGUGAGUCCAAGAAGCAUGACGGCCCAGCAGAUGUGACGCACCAUGAUGUCAUCACUGAUCCAGACAUUCUUAAAACAACACCACAAGACAUGACUGAUAAGCGUCUGGAGGUGGUCGGUCUGGAAGGGGUGAUAGAAAUGGGUCAGAUCUACACUGGAUUGAAGAGCGCUGGGCACAGACUGGCACAGGCUUCCCAAAUUACAAUCAGGACAUUGAAAUCUUUGCCAAUGCAAAUCGAUGGUGAGCCUUGGAUGCAGCCGCCGUGUACAAUCAACAUCACUCACAAGAAUCAAGCUCACAUGUUAAUGGGUCCUCCAUCGAAGUCAUGCAGCUUCUUUCACAAGUAGAGCAGCCUUUUUCCACAGAGAAACUCCCAGGAACACUAUAUGGGAAAAAAAUAUAUAUAUAUAUACAUUAUAAAGAAUGAAUGCUGUUGUUGCAUGACAGUUUCUAAUUUGGAUGCUGGCCUAAUAUCUUUUAAUGCGCUCUUUGCCUCCUAUACAUCUAUUUAUCUGUGUAUUUAUCAGUGUUUUUAAUGUUAAUUUGUGUGAGGGCAACCAUUUAACACAGAGGUAGGGAACCUAUGGCUCGGGAGCCAGGUAGGGCUCUUUUAAUGACUGUAUCUGGCUCUCAAGCAUUUACCACAAUAAAAAUGUAUGUUUGCUAACAUUUUAAAGUAAACAUCACAGAAAUCACUGUUAAAAAUAUUAAAAAUCAACAACUUUCUUAUGCAUUUUAAUCCGUCCAUCUAUUUUAUACUGUAAUACGGCCGACCAUAUCUAUCUUUCCUGAUGAUAUUUUCAAGGUCAAACACCAAAACUCGAUUAUUACUGGGUAAUGCGGUAGUCUACCUCGGUCAUUGAGAUGUCAACAUGUAAAUGUAAACUUUCCUCCUUUAGUCAAAUAGUCACCUAGCUAAAGCUGCAGAACCAAGCCUUCUGGCAAAGAUGGCCAAAAGAAUGAAAUAUACUGAGCACGGUGCAAAACCAUGCAGCAGCAGAAGUUGCAUUAAUGGCAGCAAGUAUUUGAUUUAUUAUUGGACACUGCGCUGCUCACAAAAGUGUGCUGGCCACACCCCCUUGGCGUGGGGUAGUGUGCCUGGUCUACGUAAUUAGAGCCCAUUAUAUCUAAAACUGUUGGUCUUACAUAAAAAUGCACACAUUUUAUUGCAUUCAAUGUUUAAAAAAAUGUAUAUGGCUCUCACAGAUACACAUUUUUAAAAUAUCUGGUCUUCAUGGCUCUUGUAGCCAAAAAGGUUCCCGACCCCUGAUUUAACAUGACAUUAAUUGGACAAUAUUAGCUAUACUAGUGAAGAUGAAAUAUGGAAUGAAUAUACAGUCAAGGAGCUUCAUGUCAGGCAGUGCAUUGUGAUUUUAUUUUGAUAUUAAAUGUUGGGAAAUGCACCCAUUUCACUGUAAUUGUGCCAAUUUUAAAGCCUAUCCCAGAGAUUAUAUCACAGUAUGCAUGGAAAUCCAUGUCUUAACUAUAUUCUCUGUGUCUCAUUUAAAAAAAAACUAUGCUGCAGGCUUAUAUACUGGUACAUACAGUAUUUUCAUGCAGCCUCCUUAUUGAAUUUCUAAAUGCUUAUCUAUCCUGAAGGCAUACAGAGUAGUGCUUUGCAGUAUGCAUGGGUGGGAAAGAGGGGUUAAUCCUGAAUUAGUGACGAAAAGUAGCAUGCAGGAGGAUUAAUCCCAAAUAAGUGAGCUGGCAAAAGUGGAACUUGUGUGGGAGCAGAUUUCAUGUGGGUAAGACAUGGAGUAUGCAGAUGGCUGAAAAGUGCAAAACACCUUAAAGGAGACCUACUAUGCUUUUUUCCACUUUUUUGACCUAUAAACGUAGUUAAAUGUUGUAUUUUCGUGUUAAAUGAUACCAAAGUUUAAGAUAAUGAGGUUUGCAUAUUUUGAAGUGAGCCCUAAAAGAAGUUUGGGAAUAGAACCCGGUUGUCCUAGCCGUGUAGCCUGCGUGCUAACCGCUCAUAAAUAUUUUUAACCAUUACAGUACCUAACUACAUUCAUCCGUUCCCCAAGUAAAGUUCCAUUUCCUGUCACCCUAAAUGAUCCACCCCGCACUCUAAAAAGAAACCGGAUCACGUCGGAGCAUCCCGGGAGAGGGUUCAUGUGCGGUUUGAAUUAGCUGGCUCGUGACUGUUAAGUUAUGACAUGAGCGCUAUUAGCCGACACUUCAAUGGUUGCUGACAAACAGACAUUUACAGCUGUGACUGUGCCACCCAUUAUCCAAAUCCCUGAAUGGCCGUAAUACUGUUGCA